AUGGAGCUGGCCCUGCAUGCCAUCCUGCUUGCCCUCCUUCCUGGAGCCCUUCUAGUGAGCGAGAGCCCCCCAACUCUCCCAGACAGCGCGUUUCCCCAGAAUGACUAUGGCACAGACCUGAAUUCAGUGUGCGGGCGUCCGCAGGUGUUGAACCGCAUUGUGUCGGGGCAGAAUGCCAAUCCAGGCCAGUGGCCCUGGCAGGUCAGCCUGAGGGAGAACAACGAGCAUGUGUGUGGAGGGUCCCUGAUUUCUGAAGACUGGGUGCUGACAGCCGCCCACUGCUUCAACCAGAACCAGCCGCCAUCUGCCUAUAUGGUGCUGCUUGGCUCCAUCUCCUCCUACCCAGGGCCUGGUGAGGUGAGGGAGCUUCGAGACGUGGCGCAGAUCUUCAGGCACCCGAGCUACUCAGAUACAGAACACAGAAUGGGCGACAUUGCACUGGUGCGGCUGGCCUCACCUGUCUCCUUCAGUAACCUCAUCCUUCCAGUCUGUCUCCCCAAACCCGGAGACCCUCUGGAUCCUGGCAUCAUGUGUUGGGUCACCGGCUGGGGGCACAUCUCUCAGAAUCAAAGACUCCCAGCCCCUUUCACCCUUCAGGAGCUGGAGCUCCCGCUCAUCGACGCCCAAACCUGUGAGGCCUACUACCAGGAGAACUCCGUGUCCAGCCAGGGGCCCAUCAUCCUGGGAGACAUGCUGUGUGCUGGUUUUGAGGAAGGCCAGAAGGACGCCUGCUAUGGUGACUCUGGAGGCCCGUUGGUCUGUGACAUCGGUGUCUGGGUGCAGGCAGGGGUGGUGAGUUGGGGGUCUGAGUGUGCCCUGCCCAAGAGGCCAGGCGUUUACACCAACGUCAGCUACUACACUGCGUGGAUUGCCAGCGUCCGGAACUCAGCCCCCGGCGGAAGAGGCUCUUCUCCCUCAGUCUCCAGACUGUUCUUCCUGGGAUCCAUCAGUGCUACCCUCAUCUCCCUGCGGCUUCUCUGA